AUGUCACGGCUGCAGCGCGGCGCCGGCACGUGGGCGUGGCGGGCGCUGCGUCCUCCCGGGCGACGCGCCCGCGCGAUCGAUACUCCCCGGUACGCCGCCCGGCUGCCGGCUGUGGCUAUGUACGGCUACACGCCCAGCCGCUGGCGUACGCCCGACCUGUAUGCGGGCCGGGCGCACGCGACUGCUAUCACUGCUGUUGCUGUUCCUGCUGGUGCAGCCGCCGCUACUGCUGUAGCUGUUGCUGCGGGUGAAGCUGUUGCAGCUGCUACCACUGCUGUUGCUGUUGCUGCUGGUGCAGCUUCAGCCACUGUUGUUGCUGUUGCUGCUGGUGCAGCUUCAGCCACUGCUGUUGCUGUUCCUGCUGUUACAGCUGCGCAGAGUGUAUUUGUUCCAAAAGGAAAGGCAUGA